AAAAUUCCUUUAAUAAAAAUUGCCAAUCAAUUUUAAAUUUACGUGUUUGGUUUUUCUUCUCAUUUUUUUUUUCAUAAUUAGGACGAAAAUCCGAAUAAAUUUGCCUACAUUUUUAUAUUGAGGCAAACGAUAACAACAAACCACUUUUUAUUAAAAUGACAGUCUGUAAUUUUGUAUUUGACAUUGUCGUGACUCAUUUUGAGUCAAAAUAUGUGUAUAUUGAAGAUCCCAAGAAACUUAAAAUUGAGGUCCAAUUUAAUAAAAGAACGAUUCCUAUAACAUCGAGCCGGAUUAAUGUAGCAGAUUUCAAGCCAGGCUCAGGUAAUGAGUUCAAUAAAUUCCCAGAAAAGCUGCGCCAAACCCUAGAGGAAUGUGGAAUGCCCAUUAAAGUGAAGUACCUCGGUUCUAUUCUCGGGACCGCCAGAAUAAGUUUCCCCCAAAGUUUUACUGAUAGCAUAGUCGCGGGUAUGCCUGAUUUGAUACAUGUGGACACCUGUCAAUUCGAACGGGAGGCUCAAGUUACUGGCUCUCUUGAGGUGCUUGUACGUCUGAUUAUCAAAUGCGAUGAAGUGAAAAUACCGAAGGAGAGCGAGUGCCGUCGCAAUGUGGAUAGAAGCAUCAACCCGCAAGAUAUUAUGUUCAUAAUGAGCGAGUCCCAGCGUUGUCCUUCCCCUUGCGAUCCUUGUCUAGAUACAUGGCAGCCAGAUGAGGGCGAUGAGGUCCUCAAACUAGACUUGGACCGCUAUCGCAGCUUGGACAUUGGUGCGCCUAAGCAUGAAGAAAUAUUUAAACAUAACCCAGUAAGCGACUCUGUCUGCUCCGAGUUGAAGAAAAUGGCACUGGAGUAUGUGCAAGCUAUAGACUCAAUUAUCGAACGCACCGGCAAGCCUAGUUCCCUGAAGCCGCCUUGCCGUACAGCUGAUGCACUGAGAAGUCCAUGUGGUCCACCCUGUGACAGUUCAAACUAUCCAGCUAUACAAAAACCAAAUUUUCCCUUCAAUUCGCACUUCCCACCAACCCAGGACGUUGGGCGUAAUUCCUUCAGCCCUAAGCUUGCAACCGAGCCAGCCAGUGAUGGAAAUGUCUCAAAGGAUAAGAAUAUACGAUUCUGUCCAGUUUGCUUGAACAAUUUAUCAUGGCUACCAAUAUUUGCCGCCUGUCCCAAGUGCGGACUCAAACCCAUGCCGGUCCUUGAAGAACAUUACAACCAAAAGGAACUGACCGUAGACAAUAUAAUGAUUGAUUAUCUGGGUAAGCUUCCGGCGGCCAAUGGCGAUAUCUGUAAGGAUCCUUGUGAUAAGCGCGCUGAAGAAAAUACUGGAUGUCGAUGCACGUGCACACUUGGCAAACUGUGCGCCUACUGUCGAGUAAUUAAACUAAUCCCAGGCUUGUUUCAGCCCGAUUUAAGUCGAAAAACUGAGCAGAAAUCAGAUGAGUCGCAGUGCAGCGUGGACCAUUGUCUGUUUAUGGUUAAUUCUGCGGAGUCCCGCCCAUUUCUAGCACGUGUUUUUUCCGAAUUACGUGUACUAUAUGAUUUGAACUGCAAUAAGCGAGGAUCUGAUACAUGCAAAGAGAACGGUCCACAGCCUGUAUCCCAAUUACACAAGGUGAAAAAAGCCACUCCAGCUGAAACUCGUAAGAAAUCAUUCAAACCGCGUCACGUCAGUGAAGCACACAAGUAUUGCGCAAAGCCGAUGAGACCUGUCUCUCGUCGACACGGCUGGGCUUGGGCCUCAAGCCAAGAGGCACGCAAGUAUGGCUGGCGACCUGGCGCAGUUCUCAGGCCAAUAAAGAGGGUUAUGAAUUACUUUUUGAAUUACUCGCCCGAAAAUAAUGCAUCUAAUACAUGCAGGAAACAUGUAGAAACUGAAAAGGAAAAGGUGCGUCAGCUUCCUAUUCUCAACCUGUCCAAAAAAGAUGGCGUAAUAUUUAUUACCCUGCGAGCGGCUAAUAAUAAUAAUGUAGAGAUGAAGCCAAUUGUAUUUAAGGUAGUUAAAAGCGAUCUUGCUGUGGCUUUAAGUGAGAUCAAGAGAAAGUUGAAAGAGAAAGGUUUUCGUAAAUGCACUUGUCAUCAGACGUUAAUGAUGUGCGUCUGUCGCGACAACGUGGAGAAGAAACAUCUCGAGGUCGCACUGCAAAAAGAGUGCAAACGACGUGGUAUGGAAAAUUGCGUAGAUCAUCUGGUGCUCACAGAUACCAGUGACAGCGAAAUGGAGUUCGACUUCGAUGUGACAUCGCCGGCAGGAGUAUCAAAUGCACCUCAGCUAAAGCCAUGCACCGUCAACAGAAAUACGCAGACAGCUGUGAAAGAGCAAAAAGUUCCGCCCAUAUAUCCAGUCAAAUAUACCCCUUACUGGCGUUCCUUAGACUGUGCUGCGGGAGAUCGCUAUGCGGGUACGGCUUUCGGCAGCCUUGAAGAAACCGUAUUUGAGGAUGGCCUAUUUGGCCAUAGGGGCGGUGGUCCGCAUGGUGUGCCUGCUACUUAUGGUGGCAGACCGAAAAGCAAGACAAUCUGGGGUGCAAAGCCCGGUGGACCUAUGAUCGGUGGUGGACGAACUGGGCCAGUGGACAGUCCGGGCGGAAAGUCAUUCCCCGGUGCCAAACAGAAACAAACAGCAGGCAAAAGUGCUCCCAUUCCUGUAAGAAUGCCCAAGCGCUAUUAUAAAGCUAUAGAAGACGCAGCGAAAGCAGCAGCAGCCAAGCAGAAGGAGGAGGAAGAAAAGAAAAAGACCCCCGACAUGCUGAAAUACUUGAUGAAACGCGGCGUUAUUCCUACCCCAUGGGAUCCUAAUGCAAAUGCAUAGCAGAAGA